UAAAACCGUUCUACCUUUUCGUAGAAAUAACAUCCUGUCACUGUAAAAAUUCUGACAACUUCAAUUCAGAAUGAUUCUGUCAUCCGCAGCCACUCACGCAGCCGGUGAGAAACGCUCGCACGCUCGUUCUUCGCCAACAAACCCACCUCUCAUUUGAAAAUACACCUCCUAACGGUCAUGCGCACAUGCUUUGUCGGCCCACCGGGUAGGGGUAGCAUGAGAGCGAACCGAUGUUUUCCUCGAUGUUUCGCUAGCAACACCAGAACGCUGUUGCCGCUAGAAAAUGAAGUGAAACCGUGUACGUUUUCACGAACCGUUGACUGAUUUGGUUUAGAGUUUUGUCACCAGUAAAAACACGUCCAGCCGUGGUGCCGUGUAGUUGGCGGAGACCAUUUUGUGUAACCUAUCCGGAGCUGGCAAGAGAAAAUGCUGCUCUGGAUGUGUUGACAGCAGUUUUCCAUCGUGCGGAAAACGAGCGCUGUCGGCUGUCGUCAACGUGUUUUAGUAUCGUCUUAACGCUCCCGGUGGCAAUUCUGUUGGAGGCAUCCGAGGCGAUGUCACGAUCCCACCUUACCGCAGUCAAUCUGUCUCGUUGUGUGUGAACAUUGUGAAAACCGGAUAUUGUUCGAACGACGCUACCUGGUGCUUCACGCCAACAUGUCGUCCUACAGGCUACACAAAGUGUUUCUGUACAGCUUGGCCAUCUCGCUGAUUGCCAUCUUCAUUACGCUCGCCAGCAAGAUAUUCCCCAUCGCCAACCUGCCGAUGAGCACGAACAUUAUCAUCAUCUGUACUUGCAUGGCCAACUUUGCGUCUGUCAUCGCCCUCAUCGUUGGCAUAGUAACGCGACGUCCACGAUUAGUGAAGAUCGUUAAGAUUUUCAGCUAUGUGCAGCUUGGAGCUAUUUUCGUCCUAAUCUGUCUGGCCGCCGGUUUGCUGUAUCUGGUGAAGGUGGACGUCGAGCAUGGCGAUGUGCCGGUGACACCGUCCAAAUCGUGACCGACGGGUCGUUGAGGGUGGCAUAUGCAAUGGAAACCAUGGAUCACCGAUCGUUUGCGUUUGCUCAACGAGAAGCUAAUAUACAAGGAAUGAGGAAAAUUAGAGUGCGACAAUGAUUGGAACGAAUGUUGUUCAGAAAUCAAAAUAAAUAAUAUUCCAAAGACCGAAUUUUGUACUGUUGACUGUUUGCAGACCAAA